GGGGUUUGAUGGGAAGGAAUUGGCAGGGCCCCUGGCUCUGUCAGUGGUGGCUGCUGCCUGCUCCGGAGGUAGGCUGCGCGGUGGCGGCCCAAGCUGGCAGAGGUGGAAGCCAGCGCCGGGCUUUGCCCGCUUCUUGAAGUUGUGAAUUCCUUCGGACAACUGAUGAUAUUUAUCAUUGUGCUCAGUUUCUACAAGUGAAAGAUGGGUGGAUUAUUUUCUCGAUGGAGGACAAAACCUUCAACCGUAGAAGUUCUGGAAAAUAUAGAUAAGGAAAUUCAAACAUUGGAAGAAUUUAGGGAAAAAUCAGAGACUACAAAAUUAUGGGUUGGAAGAUUAAUUCUUUACUCCUCAAUUCUUUAUCUGCUUACAUGUUUAAUUGUGUACUUGUGGUAUCUUCCCGAUGAAUUUUCAGCAAGACUUGCCAUGACACUCCCAUUUUUUGCUUUCCCACUGAUCAUCUGGAGCAUAAGAACAGUGCUUAUUUUCUUCUUCUCCAAGAGAACAGAAAGAAAUAAUGAAGCAUUGGAUGAUUUAAAAUCACAGAAGAAAAAAAUACUUGAAGAAGUCAUGGAAAAAGAAACGUAUAAAACAGCUAAAUUAAUUCUUGAAAGAUUUGAUCCAGACUCAAAGAAAGCAAAGGAGUUUGAACCGCCAUCUGCUGGAGCAGCUGUAGCUGCAAGACCUGGACAAGAGAUUCGUCAGCGAACUGCAGCUCAAAGAAACCUUUCUCCAAAACCAGCAAGCUCUAGCCAGGGUCCUCCCCAACAAGUUCCAGUAUCUCCUGGACCACCAAAGGACACUUCAGCCCCUGGUGGACCCCCAGAAAGAACGGUUACUCCAGGCCUAUCGUCAAAUGUGUUACCAAGACGUCUCGGAUCCCCUGCUACUUCAGUGCCUGGAAUGGGUCUUCAUCCUCCUGGUCCACCUUUAGCAAGACCCAUUCUCCCCCGAGAACGAGGUGCUUUAGACAGAAUUGUUGAAUAUUUAGUUGGUGAUGGUCCACAAAACAGGUAUGCCCUGAUAUGUCAGCAGUGUUUUUCUCAUAAUGGCAUGGCUUUGAAAGAAGAAUUUGAAUACAUUGCUUUUCGAUGUGCCUACUGUUUUUUCUUGAAUCCUGCAAGAAAAACCAGACCUCAGGCUCCAAGACUUCCAGAGUUUAGCUUUGAGAAGAGGCAGGCUAUGGAAGGCUCAAGUUCAGUUGGUCCCUUGCCCUCAGGAAGUGUGAUUGUAUCAGAGAACCAGAUCAGUGAAGAAUCUUUAGAGGAACAAGAUGUUCUUGAUAACAGUACAGAACAGACAGAGGACACAAUAUCAGAUACAGAGCAGACAGACCAAGUGAUUGAAAAAGUAUCUGGUACGGAGGAACCACAGGAGAAGCAAGAGGAGACUGAGAACGAGAAUGAGGAAACCUCAAUGAAUGAAGCCAAACCAACAGUUCCCACGGCUGAUUCUAAUCCUAAUCCUGAACUAGGUGGAGACUCUUUGAUGACAAUGUAGUAAAUGUUUCCAUGUGCCUUCAACUGGAUAUUUGUAGUCUUGUUGAUGUCAGUAAUUGCUUUUUAGGUGGUGCUUUCUGUUGUUUAUUUCUCUCUAAGGGUACGCUUGAUGUCAUUUGAAUUAAGAUUGCCUCGCUAUUUCAGUAUGUCAAAGUUAUAUAUCUACUGGAUAUUAAAACUAAAAUCAAGUGAUAUCAGUAAAGUAAGAUCCUUUUGAAUGUACAAAGACCCACACUGUUUGGAUAGAUUUUAGAAAUUUAUUUUCCAUUCUAAAAGUAAACAAACAUGAUAGCAUUUUUGUUUUCUGUAUAUGUGACCUGUAAAUAAUAUCCAUUUUGACAUAGGAAGAAUUUUGGAUAGGAAUAAGUUCUAAUAGUGUUUAUUUUAAGGAAUGAAACUCAAUUAAGAUUUUAAUACUUCAUCAUUAAAAAUGGAUAGAAGUUUUACUCUUGAGAUAUUUGCCGUGGGGCAAAAUGUCUACUUAGGCAUUUACAUUAAGCGGUAUGAAAGUUUUAACUGUAACUAUAUAGGCAUUGGUGUGAAGUCUCAGUAAGAAUGCAAUUGAACAGUCAAGUGCAGUGUUUCUUUUUGAUGUCUCUUAUUUUGCAGCUGGGCCAAAGGCACAUGAUGUAUAUAUAAGUAGCUCAUGUUUACAUAUUAACAUAUAGGGAAUAUUUCUGCACUUGACUGUACUUGAAUUCUGAGCAUUAUUUAUACUUGUAAAAUAAUGAUAUUAUAAGUGAAUUUUGUGCUCUUGUGUGUAUUUUGUUAAGGAAAAUAAAGAUGAUUUGGCAGCAGUUUCCUUUUGUUAAAUAUCUAGACUUCUUCAGACAAAGUCUUGGUAGAUGACUUGGCUACCUGAAAAAUCUUAGUAGGAAGAGCUCACAAUACAAUAAAUCUAUAGAUACGGCUGAGAGCAAAUUAUGAUGCUUAUCUUGAGACUUGUUACCUUUUGAAUUCAGAGGAGUAGUGACAUUUAGAGGCUCUAAUCAGAGAUUCGGUUUUUCUGAUUCAGAAAAACUGUAGGCCAUUUGUAAUUUAAUUUUGAGCGACAUAUAAGUUUUGUGAGAAUAAGCAGUUAGUUACUGGUAUUUCAUUGGAUUUAAUAUGUGUAUUAAAGAUUAACUGCGAAAAAAAUUUGAUGCAGAAUGGUAAUUCUUGGACCUUAAAUACAGUCUGGUUAUCUUUUCUACCUUUUUUCUCUCUUCUUCAUUAUUAAAAAAUAUGUGAAAUCAAGUUAUUAUUCCAAAAGGAUGAAUAUAUAGGAAUGGUGUAUAUGGCAAAUAUUUCUAAGUUACAUCAAGUUUAUUAAAAAUUUAAUAAAGUAAUAUUUAUCAUUUAAAAUUCACCUUUAUGAUUUAAUAUCUUAUAUCUGGUAGGUAUUUUUUUAAGGAACCCGAUUUGUUAAUAGUCUGAGGCAUCAUGGUAUAGUGACCAGAGUUUUCGAGAUUGCGGAACUGGGCUUAAAUUCUGGCUCUGCAGUCUUGGGCAAGUCACCUGCUCGCUCUAAGAGUGCUUCUUCAUCUGUAAAAUGGGAGGAAUAACACCUACCCUUUGGGGCAUGGGAAUGAUUAAAAAUAAUUUUUGUAAUGUUCCUAGCUUACUGCCUGAUAAUUAAUAUAUUUUAAGUAAAUGUAUUUAAAAUAUAUUAAUUAUGUAUUGUUGAUAUCCUUAUGAAAAUAUGAAAGGGCCAUAAACUCUUCCUCUUGCAGAUAAGGAAAUGAAAAAAUAAUAUGAACAUAUGAUUCAGCUGUGCAGAACCAAGCCAAUGUUUUU